GGCACAUUUGAUUGAUCCAUUUACCCCAAUUAUUUCCGGAUGAAGUCGUGCCGGUUCUAGGUAGACUUAUGAGUCGGUUCUUGGUAGACUUAUGAGUGUCACUACAUUGCGGUCACUUGUUGAUUAUAACAAGUCACUUUACCGUAUGUCCUUGCAACAAUAACACAAGUUCAAUACAAAAGUAUAGAAAAUAUUUAACUGGCUUUUGGAAAAAGGCAAUUUCCUAUUUCCAUAUCAAACCUCAUUCACGAUGAUUUUGCCGUUGUUGAGCUCCUGGCCAUUCAUUCGCUCAACCAAUGGCAGACCCAAUUGAGAAGAAGGGGUACUGUUGAUCUAAGCCGCGGCGAUUGUUAAUCUCUCGAUCGUUAGCUUUUUUGCAUCAUUCUAAUGUUUUUAACUCUAUAAAAUUCACUAAAUUGGUGUCGUUCAUUGUUACUUUUGUUAUGUAAAGUUUUAUUUGAUAUAAUACUAUAUGCUCUUAGAAAACCUUGUUAAUGUCUGGAAUUAUUUAUAUAACAUAUAAAAUAGGUCACUUUUUAAUUUUGGUUUUGAAUUGGACUAUGAUAACGAUGGACUGCCUCAAGGCGUUACACUCUUUAACCAUCUUCGUUGUGGUGAAUUUUUUUUUUUUUUUUUUCUGGACAUUAAUUUGUGGUGGAAUUAAUAGGGAGAUUAUACUGUUACUAAUCCGAAAAAAUAGCAAAAUAAAAUAAUGAGGAAGAUUAUUUUCGUGUUAUGGAGAUAAUUAUGCCAAUAAUUUUAUUUCUUUUCGUGUAUACAAUUCGUUUUUGUGUACAUAACAAUAUCCCGACCUUUAUGGUCAGAGGAAUACAAUACAACUUUGAUAUUACUCUUUACUUGGAAAGCAAGGAAAACAUUUGAACUUGACGAGAACUCUCCAAACAGAAUCAAUGGUGACUACUCAUGCAGUGAUGGGUGUGAUCAGGUCAGUUAUGCCUGCUUUUCGCAGUAACAACGACAAAGUCGCUUUCGUAGUUCACGCUUCUUUCGUCGUUUCCGGUUUCAUCCUCACUGCAACUGGGCGUCCUGCCUUUGCCUUUGACGCUCUGUCGUCAUGGACCACUGAGAGUUUGGUUGGGAUUGCGGGGUGGAACGAAUUCGAUGAGGAGUAUGCGUUUGUUUAUAAAAGUCCGGUGAAGGGAUCGAAUAAGAAUACAGUGAAGAAAUUUCUGGUUAAGUGCUUGGAGAUGAAUGGUAAACUUCUUGUUGAUGCCAUAGCUGAGGAUGGAAAAGAAUUUGCCCAUCUCCAAAUAGAAGUUGGGAAUUAUACUGAUGAGUCUAGAGACGAGAGGGAUUACGAUGCACAGUUCAAGAAUUUUGGCAAGUUAGUGACUGAUUUGAGGAAUGUGAUUUUGUAUAAGCUAAAACCUGUUUCUUUUGCAACCAAUUCCAGCUCUGAGAAAAAUGAAGAGCCUAGAGAUUACGUUGGAAUAACUUCAUCUUCAAAGAAACAGAAGAAAAUAUGGGCAUAACUUCAUCUAUUUGUGUUAAGCUUGGUAGUAGUAGUAGUAGUAGUUACAUAUAGAUUAUAGGAUCCAUUUGCUUUGCUUUUUUUUCAUGAUGUCAUCAGCUGUUUUAAUUUGGCUUUGGUUUUGCUUUCAAGAUUCCCUUCGGUUAGCAUAUGUACCGGUCGCCUAUAGAUAAACGCUUGAAUAUACUGAGAAUGUGAGAACUAUAACAUCAUCUCUUUGCUUCAA